AACAUUAAAGUUGUUUGGAAUCUUUGAUAAGAUACCACCAGUCGAAUGCAAAAUCCCCCUUUUCUUUCGAAUCUUGGCUGUAUAAAUUAAUAUUGAGUGAGCAAUUCUAUGUGCCAUACAAAAUAAGUAAAUUCUAUGCGCCAGGUCUUACUUCUUACCGAAUUCUUGUGCGAAAAAGAUGUUCAGUUUGCCUCGGUAAAGACACUAGUUUGUUUUUAUUGAUGAAUUAAAAAAUAUUGGCAAGAAAUUCUGCUACAAAGGCAGCAGGUGGAUUGUGUAGCAGCAGCAAAAACCUCCCUUCAAUCCUACCAAUGAUUUAAUUGGUUGCAGUUAUAGCGGAUCUUUCAUGGCGUUAGAAUUGCGGUGCGUGAAGACGAGAAGGAAUCUGUAAAGUGAAAAAGGUGUUUAAAUGGCCGCGAGUUCGACACCGGGCGGUGGCAAGAGCAAUCAGGAGGGCGUUGCACAAGUAAACCCUAGCAAUGGUAGCAGCAACAAUAAUAAUAAUAAUUCGGUAGCAACAGGUAACGGAGCCGAUAAUUCUAUUGGUUUGCAGUCUCUCAAACACGAUCCUGGCAUCGCUAUCGACUGGACUAGUGACGAACAACAAAUUCUCGAAGAGAAUCUUUCCAAGUUUUCUGGGGAAAUGAACCUACUAAAUUAUGUUAAAAUUGCAACUUUUCUGCCUGAAAAAACUGUACGGGAUGUGGCAUUACGGUACAGAUGGAUGUCAAAAAAGGAGAGCGGCAAGCGGCGAAAAGCAGAAGAACAAAACCCAGCAAAGAAAAGUAAAGACAGAAAGGAGAAGACUGUAGACCCUUCUGCAAAACCAGUUGUUUCUUCUGUGCCACGGUCUGCAAUGCCAAUGUAUACCCAAGUUAUUCCAGUGGAAACUGAUGAUGGCAUUUCAUGUGAAGCAAUUGGUGGUACAACUGGUCAACUGCUCCAGCAAAAUGCUCAUGUCUUUUCUCAAAUCACAGCGAAUCUUCAAGCCUAUCAUAUUUUGCCUCAACAGAUACAAGAGAACAUUGAUCUCUUUUGUCGGGCACGCAGCAAUAUUGCUACCAUUUUAAACGAGAUGAAUGAUAUGCCUGGCAUAAUGAGUCAAAUGCCACCCCUUCCAGUAAAGAUAAAUGAGGAGCUUGCAGACACAAUUCUUCUAAAGCUGCCCCAAGUGUCUACUUCAUUGCAGUCAUAAAUGGGGAAAAUGAAAAGUACUCUUCAAUUUUCCUAGAAUUAGGUUACUUUUGAGUGGAAGAUUCAUGCUCAGUAGACAUUCCAGACGAAGAGGAUAACUUCUUUCUUUCUGGAAGAUGCAAUGUACACCACUCGGAACAAGGACCAUUCAUUCACUCUGACAUGCUUUCAUUUAUUUAUAUUUUAUUUUAGUGGUCAAAUUGGUAUUGAGCUUAACUUGUAUUAAAUCUAGAGCACAAACAAAAAAAAAGUACCUCAGCAACUUCUGCUGUCUACUGGAUAGUUUUGACAUUCAUGAAUGUCGUCAAAUUAUGAACUUGUGGGUAUAGCAUAUAUUCCUUCUGUAAAUUUUUCCUUCCACCUGAAACAUUCACUUGCUCGUCCAAAUUUCCAUAUGUAAAGUAUGCAUACUUCAUUGUUCACAAUGAAAUAUUUACAUGUUUAUUUCCUUUAAUUUAAAGGAGUAGAAAAUCGACAACUGGCAUGCUAGUUGUGUCCUCCUUAUUGUUGAGAGAGAUUUGGAUUUUUACAAGAGUUAUAAUUCAUAGAC